AUGGCGGUGCCGGCCAGCGACCCGGGCGCGCUCAGGCUCCUGCUGCCCCUGCUGCCCCUGCUGCUCCUGCUGCCUGCCACCCGCGCGCACCCCACUGCCCCCGCGCCCACCUGUGGCCAGCGUGCCCCGGAGGGCCGGGUGUUGGGCGGCGUGCCCGCGGCAGCGUAUAGGUGGCCGUGGCAGGUGAGUGUGCACUAUGCUGGCGUACACGUGUGUGGCGGCUCGGUGCUCGACGCCUACUGGGUGCUGUCUGCUGCACACUGCUUCAACCGGGAAAAGAACAUCGCCACCUUCGACCUGUACGUGGGCCUCACAAACCUGCGGGCCGCCGGCGCGCACACACAGUGGUUUGCGGUGAGCCGCGUCAUCCUGCACCCCAGCUACCAGAUGUGGCACCCCGUGGGCGGGGACGUGGCGCUUGUGCAGCUGCAGUCGCGCAUCGAGUUCUCAGACGCCGUGCGACCCGUGUGCCUGCCACCACCCACCCUACAGCUGGACAGCAACACAGCCUGCUGGGUCGCAGGGUGGGGGCUGGUGUCCCCGCAGGGCCUGCCUAACGAGCUGCAGGAGGCCCAGCUGCCCCUGAUUUCACAGGCCCUGUGCAGGCUUCUCUACUCGCCCUCCGCCAUCCAGCAGGACAUGCUGUGUGCAGGGAGCUUGAAGACUGCAUGUGAGGGUGACUCUGGGGGCCCGCUGGUGUGCGAGCUCAACCACACAUGGGUGCAGAUUGGAAUCGUGAGCUGGGGCCAGGGUUGUGCGCAGCAACUGUACCCUGCAGUGUUUGCCCGCGUCUCCUAUUUCUCCAGUUGGAUCCGCCAUCACAUGGAGAGGACACCCCUUCCAGAGCAGCCAGCCCCAACCCUGGCUCCUGCUCACAGUGCCACCCUCAUUGUGCUGGUGCCGGUGCUGACCAGCCUGGCAUUUUCCUAA